AUGUCUGCGAUAGACGACGAUGAAGGUAGGUUUUGUUUGAAAUUUGCGUAUUCUGUGUUUAGUGACGCCAAUAAAUGUGAAUGAUGAGUGUGUUUACUAUGGCCAUGCCAUGUGUGCGUCGUGUAUUGUGAGGUACGUUGGGCCAAUCGAAGGUAAAACUGGGAUUUACUAUGGAGUUCAGUUUGAUCAGGCAUUGGGAAUGAACAAUGGCAGUGUGGAUGGAAAAUCUUACUUUGAGGUAAGUUUAUAGAGCUAUUGAAAACAUGGCUGGAAUUGUAUUAUUUGAUUGAUUAGAUUCUCACCAGUAGCAUUUUUUUUGUUUUACAGAAAAAUUGGCUUGUAUACACUUAUAUUACUGAUAGUCAAUUUGUGUAAGAGAAUUUUUAAUUCGUUGUACACCUUAUUGUGUUCUGUUAUUGUAAAUUUGCUUUAGUGCCCGUCAAUGCAUGGAUUGUUUGUGAAAAACUAUCGUUUGCUCAAGGUUAGAGACACACCACCGCCUCGAGGUGGGAUUUGGUCAAAGUUAUUGAAAAAGUAAGUUUUUCGUAGCAUUUCAGGUAUAAUUAUUUAUUUUAGGUUAAAAUGUCAUAUUUUUAUUAGGUUUAAGAAUUUUAUAGUUAUUAAUUUAUCAACUUACUUUUAGUUUUAUAGUACAUUAUCAGUUGUUGCUUUAUGUUGUUGUUUGUGUUUAAGGUUGUUUAAUAUUUCGUUAUAAAAAACUAGUAAAAAUUUAGUUAAGAGUUAUUUUUGUCAGUGAAAUAUCAUUGGAUUUUAGUUUGGACGUAGGCGACAAAGUUAUUGUGGAAGGAUCUCGAGUUGGUACGGUUAUGACAAUAUUCAGAUGGUCGGCUAAUGAUCGACAAGUCAACAAGCCAAUCAUGGUUGGGGUCUUGCUGGACCGAAAAAGAGGAGAUUGUGAUGGAACUUAUGCUGUAAGAAAUAACUUUAUAUACGCUAGCUAUAUUUAAAGUUUAGGUAACAAUUAUUGAGGUUAUUUAAAUUUUACUGAAGGUUUAGGUUAAUAUUUUACAUUCAGGGCGUACGGCACUUCCUCUGCGAAUAUGGGUUUGGAGUGUUUGUCGAAAACUUUGAAGUAAGACUACACGAAUCUUCGCGGCCAAAGACUGGUACUGUUGGUACGCUGAGUCGUCAACCUUCUGUAAGUUGUUUAUUUUGGUAAAAUACGCGAAUUGACAGUAAAUUUAACAGUAUUCUUUUCAGAAGUACUUUAAUGCUUUAUAUACUUCUUUAAAACAAACUUUUUUAGUAUAUUUCAAAAGAUUAAUUUUUAGUGUCGUUCUAUCAACUCUGUCGCCACAGAACGACGACCUGGAAGUUGUAUUGCUCCGCCUUCGAGAGUUGCAUUCAGAUCUCCUGGCUCUACGAUUGGUGCUUUCUCUCCUGCUUCGAUGAGAAUGCGUGUUAAUGGAGGUCCACGACCUUCUGUGUCUACACAACGACAAAACUCCUUUACCAAGUUGGAGAUGGAUUCUUUGAGAAAUGUGAUUGAUGACUUGUCUAAAGAAAAUAAAAGCUUGGAACAAGAUCAGAGAGAUGUUACACUCAAGGCGGAACAAAGUCAGGCACAGGUGGAGAGAUUGGAAGCGCAGAUUCAGGAUUUGAGAAUGGAAUUGGAUGCUAUGGGAUUCGAAAGAGAUGAAUUUAAGAGUGUGCUACAGAGUUUGGGUGUUUUGAGAGAGGAUCUAGGAGGUGAGUUUGUAUUAUUUUGUAAGUUAGGUAAUAAAUUGAAUUUUGAAGUUUUUUCAUGAAUAUUAGGGGUAUUCCUUGUACAACUCGGGUGAAAAUGAAUAUAACUGCUGCUUUAAAAGCUCUUUUUUCUUGUUCAAUUUUUUUAAAAAUUUUAAAUUUUACAUUUCAGAUGUCAACACAAACGGCACACAGGCCAAACCGACCGUUCUGACUCGAGUCAGUAAAGUCAUCGCGCUUUUGUUAUUCCGAUUAUCAAUUUUGGACCCAGCUGCGCAAGCAGAACUUACAAAUGCAUGUGAUGCUUUCAUUGGCGUACCGCCAGCUACCAAUGUAGGCACCAGUCUCAACACAAUGGCAGCCUGUAAGUUAAGUUUGAAUUUGUAGUAGUCAUGACAGAUUAAGCCAAGUUAAGCUGAGAUUUUUGAAUUGGCGUGUUUUUGUGGUACUGAUUUAGAAUUUUGGUACCUCUUCUAACUUAUUUGUCGUAUUAUUUUAAAUUAUACUUUUUAGUGAGCCAAGCCCUGGAUUUGGCAGAAGGCAGCUUGAACACGUUGAACAAAACCCAGAACUCCUUGUAG